UCUAUAAAUAGAAACCCGGAAAACCCCAAUCUCGUAACCGAUUGAGGAACACUGAAAACAUCUGGGGGAUGAAUAGUGGUUAAUUUCUGUUCCCAGGCGAUGGCUGAAGUGAAUUACCGGGAAAUCCGAGGCAAGACUAUUGUGCGCUCACAUAAGUGCCUGCCGGUUGUGGACUUGUGGUUUGAUGACGCUCUGCUGGAGAGACUUAGAACAGACCAGGUCAUUAAAGAUGGAGCGUGCCUCGUGGCAGUGUACUGGGAGGACCAUGUUACCGAACACGCUGUCUCCUCAUCCAUCACAUUGGCACCAAAACACCGUUCCGCAGACUUCGAAAGGCGGAUGAGUCUCCAUGUUGACACAACCAAUGGUCGCUUGUUUCAUUUCGUCAGUCUCAUGUUCCAGACUUUCAAGGCGAGGUUGAUACACGUCAGACUGAGUCCCAUCUCGUUCAUUUUUCAACAUGAAGACAAUCAUUCAAUGAAAGCCAUGAGAAAAAAUGCACGGGGACUAAGAACUAUUUUCCAACGAUUUAUGUCGCAUUUGGCACAUGGUGAGGUUGAGAUGAAAAUACGACUGGUGAAUAUGUCCGCCCCUUCCUAUGCCAGUCGAUGGUGUUUCACAAACAACUCCCAGCUGCACAAAACAGGUUCUACAGAGAGCGUAGUGUAUGAACUUAGUGACGUGGAGGAACACGGCCAGGAGGGGAAAUCUUGUCGAAGUACGGAAAUCUCCGAACAGAGACACCUUGUAGAGAAUAAUCCUAACUCGCAGAAACAUGAAGAUGGUCAAAUCAGCCCUCACCUGGAAAGAGGCGGCGCAACUCGACAUCAGGGUUCGGGAAACUGUAAAGAAAGCCCUGGAGAACAUAGACUUGGGGCAUUCCAGGCUGGCAACAAGUUGUCAACAUCUGAAUCUGAGCCUGAUGACGACUUGUAUGGGGGAACACUGAAGAAUGACAAUGUUAAAUGGUGCUCUAAAGAAAGUUCAGCGUCUACCUCCAUGCACGAUGACAAAAUGUAUGCAAGCCCGGAGGAGGAACAGCAUGAAAAUCAAAUGGAGAACGAAGAGCAUGAUCGGAACAUUGAUGCCAAUGGGAAGGAUAGACUGUCAGCCAGCGACACCAAUCCAGGUUGGGUAGACUCAGCCAAACAAGAUGGACGUCACACAAACAGGUCAUGGAACACCGGCACCGGUUUUGGAAAGGGGGAACAUCUAAGCGAUUUAUCUGAGAAAAGUUCUGUAAACAAAUCAAAGACAACACUUCCCAAUAGUUACGAAGAACAAGCCGAUCAGAUAUUAAGUUUAGAUAUAACCGUAUCCAAAACAACUGAUGGAAAUGACGGCCAUGCGAUCCUGCAUCAAUUAAGGGAGGUUACCGAAGACGUUGGGGGUAAUUGUUGGACUGAAGUGGAACAUAUUCUCCAUGGUGAAAGUCAUGCAGUUCCAACGGCGGGCAAGGGAACAGAUACAUUGCUAUGUUUGGACACCUCGGGUGACAUGGGUAGGCUUGGAUUACAGCGGUUACAGCGCAUUGCGUACAGCUUCAUAGAAGGUAUCGAGAACAACGCCGAGGAAUAUGGAGUAGAAGAAAAUAUAUGCAUUCUUGUUUUCGGAAGAAGGCCCGGUAUACUUCAUCCCUUUUCAAACGACUAUGAAAGUCUAAAGGAGGCAGUAGAGGAAAUUGAGUAUGGCGGAUACUCGCCCUUUCUCCACUACAUGCUCGUAUGUGUAGCAGCUCUAACCAAAGGAGGUGUUUGCGAUUUCGGUGGGUAUCUGAAAGUUCCGCCUCGGAUGGUGGUGGUGACAGAUGGAAUAACACCCUUCAAGAGGGAACAAGUACAGGACGCACAGGGAUUCCAGUACUUUACGGCCACACUGAUGCAGAUAAUGAUGAACCCCAAAACGGAACGUGUGGUCAGCCCAAUCGUUUUUGUACCGCAUGGAAAUGCACAAAAGAGUUUGAUGCAGUCAACAGCUGAUAUGUGUCUAGGGGUGAUUGUUGAGGAUGUCAAGACAAUCUGCAACCACCAAAGGGUACAAAUCCUCGUUGCACAAAUCAUCAAAUUUGUUAAAGUGGACCCUGCCCUGCGUGUAGCACGAGUAAAACACGUCGAUCUCAUUGUUGACGCCGUUUGCCAGGAUCUAUCAAUUGCUGAAAAAACAGCUGUUAUGCAGAAGGUCAGUGCUAAUCUUGACAUGGACUUUGGGGCUACGGAUGUAUUUGACAACGUCAACAUAUCAGAUGACCUCCCUCCCCUUGGGAAAAGAGUGAUGCGAGGCCCCGACUGGACGUGGAAGAACGAAGACACGGAGGGGACAGGGACGAUAGUCAACCAUGCCAUUGAGGGAGCGUACAUAUGGGUGCAUUGGGACAACGGAACAUGCAACUGGUACAGAUACGGUGCAAACGGACAGUAUAAUGUGUUACUCGUGGAUGAUCAUCCUCGCCUGCCAGAUGGAGUUGAACCAAUCAGUAUAGGAAUGGAGGUACAGCCAGGUCCUGACAUGGAAACGGGCAGCUGUGAUGAUAACCAGUCAGGGACUGUCAUCAGACUAAUUGACGCCCGAGUGCUGGUCAUCUGGGAGAAUCAAAGCAUUUGUGAACACAGAUACGGCGAAAAUGGCAAAUACGACGUUUUAAUCAGGCUGCCCUUGCAGAACGUUGGUACCCAUAGACAAAGUGCAUCAUAUGAAGACGGAGCACUCAGGUCAUCACAUGAUACCAAGUUACACCCCACAAAGACAGAAGACCAAGGCGCGUACCAGUGGCAAUGGUUUGAUGAGAUCCAAAGUGAAUGGCGACCUUAUUCCGAAGUCACUGAUGCCAAAUUAAAGACAUCUUUCAUGAAGAGACCAAAUGGAUCAUGUCUUCUACAGAGAGAUGGACAAAGUUUCAGAGUCUCCUUCACGAAGUUAACCGAAAGGUCUAUGGACAAGGGUUCUACAACAGCAGUUCGAAAAUUUGAUGUUUGAUCAUGAAAGAAGGUUUGCAUACAGAAGCAGGGAUACCUUGCUUUGAGGAUGGCAGCUUCACAUGGGAUGUUUCUGCUAACCAUUAGAACAUCAUUCUGCAGCAAACAUUGAAUACUAUCCACGUGGACAUUGAUAUUCUAGCUUUGUACUCGUUUACCAUACGAAGUGUCCGUGUACAAACAAUCCGUUUCUGAGUGAGUGAGGGUUACCGCUUAACAAUAUUCUAUCAUUAUGACGGCGGGUGACACCAGGAAUGACCUUAGCACGUUGUACCCAUGUAGAGUAUCGAACCCGGUCUUCGGCGAGAUCAGUGAACGCUUCAGCCACGGGGCUACCCCAACGCCCCCAAUCUCUGCAUGUGGGAUUUUAUAUGGCCCAAGACAGUAUCUCAAGAAA